UUGUUAUUGAUAUUUUAUGAGAGGAGUAGUGUUUUAAAUAUCAGACUUCCCAACUUUAAAGCGUUUUCCUCACAACUCACGUUUUUAAAGUCGUUGCCCUCCAUGCCUUCAAAACUACUACACCGAUCGUUGUGAAAUUUUGAACACUAUUUUUAUACAUAAAUUUAUUUUUCAUUUUGAAAUAACAAAUUAACCGAUUGCCUGGGCAAAGCGAUUAUCUAGCGAUAUAGUUUUCAUUUUGUAAUUUCAGAUUUUCCAGCACCGGGCUAUGAGGAGCAUCGCAAUUCGACUUUUUUCCGAGACGUUUCAGAGUAAUUGUUGCCAAUUACUGACAACUGUUUCAUACAAAAAGGAAUGAAAAUGGGCCUUCUAGUACACGAAUUAACCCUACUCCGCCUUAAAGCAUUGUUGAAUCUAAUCAACCGAUCACCGCAAUUUUCUUCAUUUUCGCCGUUUUGUUUAAAUAACUUUAUUAAUUUUGUUUCUUUACGAUUCUACUAUACUACAUACUUCCGCUACACAGCUUGAAUAGUUUAUUUUAGUACCAUUUGAGAUUGGCAACCUUAUGACGAUAUCAGAGAGAAAUGACAGCACUAACAACUCCAUGACACUCAUUGAGCGCCAUUUUUCCUAUUUCCCUUUUAAGUUAACGGUAUACCGGAUGUAUCUGUGUGUGAGUCGAUUGCAUAGAGCACAAAUUCACUCUUACCUUUAAUUUUAAGCAUUUUCUUUAAUACAAAUAGUAAAGUAUAGUUUUUAGGUGCUGAUUGAUAUGUUUACCGAACGUUUUUCGCCGCUCAACACUCACUAAAUGCUUAACUGUGCGCUAACGUUAAUCGUGUAUGUUGUUGUUGCUACUGCUACCUGUGUUAACGAGCGCUCCACGACGCGACAACGGCAAUUGCAAUUUUCGUUGUCGUAGCCGCUGCCGCUGCCAGCUUGUUGGAUGAUAGCAGCACAAUUGUCACGACAUUCGCUCCUCGUUCGUUUGCCGUGGCGCAUCAGCAAAAACGUUCGUUCUCUCGUUGUUCAUUCGUUUCAUUCGAUUGGUUCGCUUAUUAUUUUACUUGCGCUGGUAUUUUAUCGUAUUAUUUGCUGACGUUUGAAAAUUCUGAUGUGAGAAAUGUGUCGCAGUUAGAACUCCAAACAGAAAAGAAGUAAAAUAUUUGCAAUUUAAGUUUCUGCCGCUUGCGAAAUACACACAUACACCCAUCUACAUAUCCAAAUAAAUAAACGCUCACCUUGAGGUGAUGGCAGAAAAGCAGAAAAAUCCGUGACAACGCUACUGGCGUAGAUAUUAGAAAAACUAAAAUUAUAACUAAAAAAAUAAAAUAAUAACAACAACAAUAACAACUUCAAUAGAGGUGCGUGUAAUUGUGUUUGCGCGCUCGGCUGUUUUUUGUGCGUUCGGUAUGUGUGUGGAAAUGGAAAAUGAUACAAAUCGAAUUGAGCAGGCGAAAAGGUAAAAGAGGCAAAAAAGCAAAGUGCAAAGUUUGCGAAAAACAAUAUUAAAGUAGAAUUGAAACAUAAAUAUAAACGCAAUACCGCGCGCUUAAAAUGAAAACACCAAGUGGCUGUGUCACAACAACAACAACAACCGUCGUCGUCGCCGUCGACGCGCUGUUGUUGAACUGAUUUUUAGUUGGGAGGAAAGGUGUGCGGUUAGCGAGCAAUGAAAAAAAGAGCUGUCGCUCAAAGUGCAAUGUUGAAAAUUCAACUUAAAUUUCAAAAUGAAAUAAAUCAACAAUAGCAACAACCACAAACAUAUAGCAAUCAAUCAACAAUAGCUUUAACAACAUAAGAAUAUUUAAUAUUUUCAAUUGCAAUCAACGCAAUUGCAUUUAAGUAUAAAAAAACAAAUCGCGACAACAACAAAAAUAUAACGGUGUACCUACAAAGCAACAAUAGCACGAGUAAAAGAAACACUUCGCUAAGCGGUGAUAGUAGCGACAACAACAACAGCAACCUGGGCAGGCCAUUUUUCGUCGAACGCGCGGGGUGGUGGACGGGCGUUUUGGGGUGAAACCGCAACCUAAUAGUUUCAACACCGUUUACCGGAAGUUAACUUUUUCGUGAACGAAAAGUGGUAGACUUCAGAAUAUGGAUACUACGACUGUUGAAUCUAUAAUUGCAAUGCCGCUGGGCGCCGCCAGCAAUAGCAAUACCAACAUGAGCUGCGGCAGCAGUAGUAGCAGCAGCAACAGUAGUGGCUAUGCGAGUGCCACCACUCCCACAAAUCCCGCCUCGGCCGGCAGUAGCAGCAGUCAAUAUUCGGACUCGCAUUCCAACACACCUGUGGGCUUGGUCGAGCCGACACCUGUGGCCACAAUAGCUGCCGUAACGCCGUACUACAAUGAAACGUUCCAACACCAACACCACCUGCAACAACAGCAGCAUCAACCACAACUUCAUCAUCCACCACAUCCACAGUACCCACACCAAACACAUUCAUAUCAAUUAACGGAGCAGUUGCCCACAUCCUCGCAAUAUGAUAACACCUACGAUUCGUACGCUUAUCUAAGUGGUGGCGAAAGCUAUCAGCCGUCCGGUGGUGGUGGUGAACGCAAUUUAUUGGGCAUGCGACAUACUACAUCGUAUUAUACAACCUUGGAGAAGCCAAGUAAGCCGCCCACGCAGAUGGCAUUACAGCCUAAUAGUAAUACUGCCAACAACAACAAAAUUUACAAUAACAAUAGCAGCGAAACCGGGCUCCAUACCACCAAACGUAUUGGUGAGCCAAACACGCCCGCCAAACCACAGGCCGCCGCAACGCCGUUCUAUGCGAAUUCAGCGCAAACGGGUGGUACGGGCACCUAUGGGGACUCCAUCAAAUAUAGAAUGUCCUCUGGGACUAAAAUGCCAACCCUUGGGGGUUAUCUGAAUUACGGGAACCAACCAUUAGAUAUUAGCAACACAGUGAAUUAUACCCAAAGCUUUCAGCAGCAUCACGCAGGAAAACCGCUACAGGACGUGCCGUAUGGUGCGGGUCCGACACAAGUGAAAGCAUUUAACACGCUGCCGAAUGCACGCUUGCCGCAACAACGUCUGGGUAUGCAUUAUGGCAAUACAGCUAUGCCUGUCGGCAUUCCUAUCGGCAAUGCGUCGAAUAACAGUAACGGCAGUAACAGCAAUAGCAGCAUUUAUAUCGAUAAGUAUGAUAAAUAUUUAUAUAACGCAGUGAGUACUGUGGCGCAGUCACCGUAUUAUACAACCACACCACCCGCCAACCUCUCAGCAAUGCCCUACAAUGCAGUACCGUACGCCCCCGCGCCGCCUGCAUCCACGUCAGUCCCACCGCAGUAUGCUGCUGAAAUUCCCAACGACGCCUACCGUAAGUCAUCGGCCACGUCAUCUUGGCACUGGAGCAUGGAGUAUGCUAACGGUAAUUGUCGUACGCUGCCGUCGCCCAACGGUAUACCGACUGCCGCCAUACCGCCGACGAAUACCAGCUAUGUACCGACUAACCCCACAGCCGCCGCCAAUCGUGAUAUCUACUAUACUUCUGACAAGUAUAGCAACAAAUAUGAUAAGUACAAUUCAUAUUAUAACCCACACCAACAGUAUAUGACGUCGAAUGCGACUGGACGUAGUGCCUGGUCGAAUUCGGCGCACGCCUCAGCACACCUUGUACCCGCACUAGCUGAACGUUUAUCACACCCUUAUCCACACCAUGUACCACUACCUACAAGCGGCGUGCCAACCGCCUUGGCGCCGUCUGCACAUCCUUCUCUCGCAUAUCAUCAUCCUUACACGCCUUCCGCAGCUACAGCCACUGCGCGCCAAAAUUGUUGCUCACAAUUUCAACAACAAAACUGCUACUAUCCUCGUACGGCACACCAUCCUCACCUUCCACCGAAUACAUAUAGUCCACACUCGCAAACGCCACCGUACGCCACCAACAGUACUGCAGUCAGCAGUGGUAACAACCCUGUUAUCAAAUAUAACGUGCUAGAUUAUGGUCCUGCCAACAAAUCAAAGGCGAAUACAAAUGAUGUUUACGCUGCAACGCCUACCUAUGAAGCGACGAAUAUGAAUUAUCAUACCCAUCCGGCAGGUAUGGCCCACAGUACUCAAUAUGGGAACAAUAUGGCACCUACUGCGGUCGUUGCACAUUCACCGCUUAAUCGUAAUAUGACACCGGGUUCCCACAGUGACAUCACGACUGUUUAUUAUAAUGAUCUCAAUAUGCAAACCAGCUACGACAACUAUAUGGGGCCUAUACAACCUACGUCGCUAGUUGAAGGGCGACGCGAAAGUUUAGUCCAAAGAGUUGACCGUCUACCCAAUUUGCCACCCCCCUACACAGAAUCUACUGCUACGAAGAAUUCUUUAAUCGACUACCGGAAGCCUACGGUAACGCCAAAUGAUGACUAUUUCAUAGCGGAGCCAACACUCACCAAUUUAGACGAGCACAUGGCUACCAAUAUGAGCCAGAACCAUUACGAUAAUAGCUAUGGCAUAGCCAAUGGAUUGCAACCAGUCGACGACGGCAUGUAUAGCAAAGCAGCAACGCAUGAGAGUACAGUUAAAUCUGGUAACGCAACACCAACAACACCCACUACGAAAACCUACUCCAGUUUGCGUGAUUUUCUUAGCACGUGGAAUGAGGAUGAAGAGGAUUACAGUGGUGCUGAUGAGCUACAGUUUGUGGAGAAUGCACCACCAACGAUUGCUCAAGUCAUGAGCACCGAAGACAAUACUAACUGUGUUGAAGUAAUAAAUAAAAUGUCGAGCUUGCAAGAACUUCCCAGCAAAGCGAAUACACCAGGUGCCUACAGUGUUGUUGAUUCCGCUCCGCUAUAUCGGCCGCAACCGCUGCCGAUAGUUGUAAAUAACUUACAAUUAAAAGAAGCAUUUAAAUCACGCUCAAAGACUCAACCAAGCAUCGACUCUGGUACCACAAUUAAUAUCGAGGAAAAUCAGUAUGCAAAUAUAAACUUACCUGACAUUGUCAUCGAUAUCGAAAAGUCCGGCGGCGCAGCACCAAAUAUAUCAGGCACAACUAAGACACCAAGCAGCACCAAUGUCGUCGGAAAAUCCAAUGCCAAGGACGUAACCUAUGAUUGCUUUGAUGUUGAAAAGGAGCUAGAUGAACUAGAAUCAAUAAAGAUGGUAAAGAUACCAAAAAUCAAUACCGAAAUGACGCCCAUACGCAACGGUAGCGUUAUAAUGAAAGCGGCAACUGAAGCGCUCGGAGUAGUUACGCCCAAUGCAAUGCUCGAAUCAGAAAAUCUUGAAAUAAUUGCGAAUGUUAAAUCUGUAAAUACUUCUGCUGUACACGUAAUGCCGGAAAAAGUGGAGAAAGAUUUUAAUUUCUCAGAGCACAGAGUAGAACAAUCUUUAUUAACCGUCCAAACAAAAAGCGACAGCGCAUUUGAUAGAAGUAUUGAAUGUGACAAUACAACUAGUUCGAAUGGUUCCACAUUUGAGAAGGAAUACGAAACCUUCAUUAAUAAGAUCGGAAAUGAGUUUGAUUAUAAAGUUAGUAGUAACAAUGAGAACAAUUUUACUACAGCUGUAACCGACAAAUUAGUUCAGUCCGAAAUCAAUACAAAUGUUGCCAAAUUAAUCCAGGAAGUGCCACCCAAUGAAAUAAGUAACACAACGGUCAAACAAAAUACGGAAAGCGAUAUGGAGAUAGCACAAAAAAUUAAAAGUUUUUCGAAGUUCCAUAAAAGAAAGCGAAAAUCUUCGGAAGCAACCAAAGAUGCGAGUAAAAUUCCGAAACAAUCACAUGAUCUUGAACAAGAAGUGAACAAGGAAACCAAUUUUACAGAGACCUUCUCCAAACCUUGCUUAAAGAGAGAGUGCAAUAUCCGCGUAAGCACAAUUCGCCUGAAAUAUAUAAAAAGACAGGAAAACAAAGGUCCUUCUUUCUAUCAACGUAGGAUACGGGCAUUAUAUCGACAAUUCAUUAAGAUUAACAAACGACUCAUGAUAUCAAGUCUGUUGAAAGAAGAAAUGAUCAAAGUGUCGCAAAACCACCUGCCGUUAACCGGUCCCAAAAGUAUUACUCAAUUUCCUACUGGUGUUGCAAACGAUUUCAAACAAUAUUUCAAUCCGAAAACAUUGAAAUGCCUUUGUGUGGCUUUCAUUAAUUCUGAGCUGUUCCAAAACAAACUCUUGAAGAGUGCUGAAAUUAGUAAAGAAAUUGAUAAAAACCCAUAUGCAAACACCAAUGAAGAAAGUGUAAGGGAUAGCUCAAUGUUACAGGAAGUGAAAGGUUAUGAAUUUAAAGAAAAUACUAACAACGUGGUCUGUAGUAAAGUAACAUCCCCAGAUUCGUUGAAAUCAUUCGUUGCAAAACAAACUUUUGAACAGAACGUUCGAAAUGAACUUUCUAAUAAAACUCAAGAAAUUGAAGAGUUAGAAUCCUUAAAACAGUUAGGGGAAGAACAUCAAAUAACUGAAUUGGGUCUCGAUUGUAAUGAAGAUAUUCAAAACAAUUUAAAUUCAAAGAAUCAAAUUGAGUUUUGCAUUUCAUUUCCAACUACUUUGGAUGUGAAGAAUGUGAAAAUUGAGCUCAAUAGCUUUGAAACCGGUGAAUUCGAGGAAGAAGUUCAUAGUCCUGGUUUUAUUACAGAACCAAUGGUUGAUAGUGUUGAACCUAAUACAGAAAGCAUUAACACAAGACCUACAUAUGGAGAACAGUUAGUCACUCAUUAUGAACAUGACAGAAAUGUUGUUAAAGAAAUUGGAUCCGCAGAAUAUGAUGCUGAUAUAUCAGCUGAUGGUGAAAUCGAAACCAUGAAACCUUUAGCGAAAGACAUUGAGAAACUCUUUUCCGAUAUAAAUACAAGUCCAAAAAUUAUGGAUAUUUUAGAGAAUCAGUAUAAUUGCAUUAAAAUCGUAGAAAAUGAAGCGUCUGAUACAAAGAACUUGGCGCGUUUGAGCAAAGAUGUCGUUAAUCAUGUAAUUCCAGUAAAUGAAUCUGAAAAUCAUGUGAAUCAGAUCACCGAAGAUGUACGAAUUACCAAACAACAAGCGGAAUUGAGUAAUUUAAUUGAUGAGAAAGUUGAAAAUAAGGAGCUGGAAGCAAUGGAUCUGACGUGUUCCGCAGAAGUUGAGGAGAAUCCAACACAUAAUCAGAAAACAGAAGUAACUGAAUAUGCAUUCUCAAUAUUUCACCAUGAGAAGACGUUUUCUGAAUUUUCAGAACCUAAUAUGGACUUCGAAGGCACAUUUAAGGAUGCUGAAUAUUCAACAAAAAUUGAUAGCAGUCCUUUAUCUGUUAUGGAAAUUACUAAAAGUCCUUCCACAGCUCUGCAUAUGGUUUCGGCAGCACAUAUAAAGAACGAAAACAGUAAAGACACAAAAAUUGCAAUGCUAAACGCAUUUGACUUUGGCGAGCAAGCAAAGCAAUCACAGCACUUCAGUAGAGAUGUACAUUUAUCUGAAACGGAAAAUAGCCUUGAUAUGUUUGGAGCUAGAAGAAGUGCAGAACACUUCACAGCAACGUCAAAAAAUUACUUCAAAAAGAUUGUGGAUCUUGGCGAACACUCUUCAGACAGUAUCUCAUCGAGCAGUACUGUUUCGUCCACAUCAUCUUUUGGCCGCAGAUCACGCACAUCCUCAUCGUCCAGUUGUAGUUCGUCCACGGACGAGAAUUCUCAAAGUAGCGUAAAAACGGUGCAAAGCGAUUUCAAUGAAAUGAAGGAGUUGGAAAGGGAACUCUCGCAACAUCAGGCAAAUGAAGCGGGUGUCGCACUUGAGCUUGAAAAUGACGAAAAGACUGCGGCAGCGACCUAUAUCGAAGAUAACAUUAGCAAUGAAGUAUAUAUCAAUUCUUCGAAAACGAUAACGGAGAAUGACAUUAAAACCUUGAAAAAAAUUUUAGAAAGCGAUAGUGAUGGGCAUGAAGAGAUAAGUACAAACCUUGAGGAUGUUAAAGACGAUACAAUGGACGAUGAAAAAAUAAGUGCCGACAAAACAACAAGCGUUUUAAAAGAACAACUAGCCGAUACAGUAAAUGGUGUGGCGGAAGAUAACAAACUAAUACAAAAUGAAGAUAGCGUUGCAAGUAACGGUGAAACAAACGUGACAGUGCCUGCGGCAGAGCAUGAAUGUAUGGGUACGGAGGUGAUGGAAGAGUGUGUAAAGAGUUGCGAUAAGUCGUGCGAUGUGGAAGAUUUGGCGCGUGAACUCGCAGUGGAAGAAAACCAGCCGCAGAACGAAACUCUGUUUUGCGCAGCAAUAAAUGUUAAUGAUGAUGAUGAUGGCAGUGGAGUACCGAGUUUGAAGAAACUAUCACUGAACUAUAUAGAGCGCGUAACUUCCAUUGAAAAUCAUACGUUAAAUACCCGAACUGAGGAUGCGUUAAAUAGUAAAAUACCAAAGCUAAGUGACCUUUGUAAAAAUGCCUUAAGUAGUUCCUUUGAAAUUAGCGCCAACAACAGCAGCAACACAAACCGAAACACGCCCGAAACAUUAGAGCGUGAAUUAAGCGUUGAAGAAGCUUUAGCCGAAAUGUAUCGACAAGCCGGUGUCACAUCAGAUCCCGAAGAUGGCGAUGCUGAGGAGAGAGAAGCUCAAGAUGUAGUACUAAUUAAUUUAGAAGAAAUUUUAGUUAAUGAUAGUGAUUUAUAUGUUUUACAAUGUGAUAUGAAUGAAAAUGUGCUCAGCGUUGUGGCGCAUUCGCAGGCCAACGAUUUGCCAAUGCAAGUCGAUGAUGAGAGUAUAGAAGAUAUUGAGAGAGCUGUAAAUGCUGAAAUUCACGCAGAAGAAAUGAUGGGUUUAGAAAACUCCCAAGAAAGGGUGGUAGUGGCUGAUGAUAUGCAAACCGAUUUUCUUGAGUCAUUCGUGAACGUACACGAUGCCGUAGAUAAUUCCCCAUCCGCACUACCGUUAACCCCAUACAUUACACCCCCACACACAGUAGAGUACGUUGAAGAUGAGUUGAGAAUCAGUAACGAUGACUCACUCAAUACACAAUUCGAUUUUCCCGCCAUACAUCACGAAGAAAUCGUCUCGCAUGAUUACAAGCGGCUCAAACGACAGGCCCCACCAUGGUAAUCGUGUACUCAAAAAAUAUAUACAUCGUUGGAUAUUGCAAUGCUUGAUAGCGAGAUUCAGGGAGCGCGAAUUGAAGAAGGCACACAUGUAUGUCGAAGAGUAGUGAGGUGAGCAAACCGAAACGACUGUUUACUGAAAGACUUGCGAAUGUACUAACGGUUUUGGGUACUGUAAUUUCAAGGACAUUUUGGGUUUAAUGUGGAGUGUUUAAGAAACGUUUCAAUAAGAAUUACAUGUGUGGCAUGGUUCGGGUGCUAAAUUUUUGUGACGUGUAGUUUAGACUUACAUUUUUGAGUAAGCUUAUAAACAGACAUAGAAAACAGAAGCAAGUUUAAGACUAUUGUUUUAAGGGAUUAGGCCAGUGUAGAUCACUCAAAAGAGGCUAACUUUACAAAUUUUCAAACAUGUAUUUGGGUGUAUAAGAGAAAUUUUAAUGACAAUUUUAUACAAAAUGCCGGCUACUGGCUUAUCUUCGGAAUCACCUUUACAUAAAACUUGGCAGUAAAGCACCUGACUGACUUUAUAUCAUUUUUUUAUAAAAUGGCGGACUUAUGAAAAGAGGUUAAAUUUUUGGUUCACUGAAUAAUUUUACUAAGAAUCCAGUUUCGACAAAAACGCCUUAAAUUUGCUUAUGCUGAGUUGGUUUGCACGAAUUCUUCGACACUACAACGCAUUGGACAGGGAGUUUUUUUUUUACUAUUUUACUACUUAAAUGUUUUUAAAACCCAAAAGUGUACAUUAAAUCAAAAACAAGUAAAAGAUGUUUAUAAAAUCCCUGACUGGCCUAACACUUGUGCAUUUUUUUCAUUUCCGCUGAGAACUAUUUAUUUAGAGACAUAAAUGGCACGUGCUGGCACAUUUUCAAUAUUCGCUCUUCUAUUAUCUGGUAAAAGACACAAUGCAACAGUUAUAUAUUACCAUAUCUUUUGUUUGCCAUUGCAAAUCAUGCUUCGUACGAAGAAUCUCAUAACAGUAAAAGUCGUAUAAAAAUAUGUAGUGAACUUUUUCUCGACUACAGAACUUUAUUGUUUUAACUGUUAUUCUAAAAAUAAUUCUGUACAUUUAAGUGAAAAAUAUUACAUUGUUUUAAUAUUUGAAGUAAAUGCAAAAAUUAACUGUACUUUUUGUAAUGCAAUACACUUUUAUAUUUAUAAAUAUUUUUAAUUUCCUCCAAAGCCAAAACAAAAGAUAAAAUCAGCUGUUUUGUGCGCAUGAAUGCGUUCGAAAAUAGCACAACUCUUCGACUGUUCACUUAAAUUUAUGCAUAAUUUACUUUUUCAUCUGCUAUAUAUGUAUGUAUAUACAUACAAAUAUAUGUAUAUCUUACUUUAGUUGUAAGCUUAAUUGUAAUGGAAAUUUAACUGCGUGUAUUAGCGUCUUAUCGGGAAUGAAUUUGCGUUUAACGCAAAUGGCAAUGGUUUAAAAUGACAUUAUCUAUUAGUUGUUAUUGAUCAAAAUUGUAAACAAUUUUCAAUAAUUUUUUGCAACGUUUAGGGUAAGCAAUAGUGUGGUAAUUUAUGCUUUCGUUAUUAAUAUAUUAGUAUUUUGUGUUAAUUCUAUACAAUAGGUAGAUUGCGAAGAAAUUAAUUCAAAGUAUAAGCAUAAAAAAACAAAAAAAAAUAUUUUAAUAUCAAAUACGUUUUAUUACAAAAACAACUGUUUAACUUUUAAUGAUUUUUAAUCAUUUACUUACAUAUUUAUGUAUUUUCACUUUUUUAACUACGCAAAUAAACAUGCAACAACAUAUUUCCAAAGCGUGUAGCUCAGCUUAUCUCAGUUGCUAAUAAUUUGAAAAAAAAAUAAUACUAAUAAACUUCUACUACAAUAUUACUUCAGAGAAAUUGUGAUAAAUAACAAAGUUAUAAUUUUUAACUGAUUUAUACCAGGUUUCUUGCCACCGCAUAACGAAAUAAUUCGCGUUACAAUUUGCCAGAUACAUGUGACAAGCACACAUUAUACAUUUGCAUGUAUUUACCUCAGGCACGACAAACGAAUGCUUCACUAAUCGCCAAUUACAGAAAACCUAAUUAGUUUUUCACACAUUUCAUAUUUGCUACGAAUAAUUUGUUACGUAGCAGCCAAUUAUACGAACCAAGACUUUUUGCAUUUCACACUUGUAACGACAACACACUCAAGUAAUAACUGUUUUCUUGAAAGUAAAUCAACGCAGAGCAAGUGAAAUUGGAGUGGAAAUAUACUUCUAUUACAAAAAAAUUUCGUUACCAAUUUCUUGUUGCGAGGGAAUGUCGCUGUGCAAGCAAAAAUUAUAGAAAUUCAGAACACGACAGUUUCAGUUACAAUUUUGUAGGGCGUUUGACAGACAACACAUUAGUCAUGAUCGAGAAAAGGGAAGUCUUUGUUUACAAUUACUAUUAAAAUUUGACAGUUAAUUUCGUUUAUGACGUCAUGUAGUAAUAUUGUCCCUAUCAUUCUGGGAGUAAAAUUUACUUCAUACUUCAAGAAGCAAUAUUGCUUUGUACUCCCUUAAAAUUCGGGUGUUUACUGAUUUAAAGUUAGGUUAAGUGGUUUAAGGAAAUUAAUUAAGGCAUGGAGCUGGCUUGGCAUAAUGGCUUCAAACAUAUUCCUUAUCACAUUAGUUGGCAAUGAAACGUCAAAUCAAGCUUUUCAAUUUAAAAAAGCACAAGAAGUUUGCUUCCAAAAAUCGUUUACUAAAUUCACAUUUAGAAAGGUGUACUUUUCUUUAAGGAAACAUACUUUUAGCCACGCCCUAAUGAGAUAAUACGCUCUCGGUAGAUGCGUUACUUACAGUUACAGUUUUUGAGUGUUACUUGUUUGUGUCGUCUACGUUAUACUGUCGAAUUAUUCUUAAAAUUCUAAAAUGUGUGAAAGUUUUAAGUUGAUUAUGUGACAUUACAGAUAGUUUUGAAGUUAUUUAGCUGAAAUAACAGCCAAUCGUCAGAAUCUUAUAUUCUAUCAUUGUUUGUAGUCUCUUCAUAACUAAAAUCCAGCAAAUGUGACAGUAACGUGGUAAAUGAAUAAGAGAACAAACCAUACAGUCAUCAUUAAUAGUACACAUUUACAAAAUUUGUGUUACCGUUAAUCGAUCGUUAGUUCAUUUGACGCAGUCAGCUGUUAUGGCCAAUUCACGUAGAAUUUUUGCUUUGCGUUACGUCAGACAUUUGUUUUGGCAGAAAAGUUCGAUGUACACUUUUGUAGGAGUACGUUCACAUAAAAAGUUUUCGACGCGAAGCCAAGCAAAAUGUUGGGCUACUCUCAUCUUUUUACCUUUGCCAAGCAAACGUCGCCAUUUUUAUAAGAGAGAAACACUGAAAGCAAAUCAUCAUUAUAGCAUACCUUUUGUUUUUUGAGCUUCGUUGUUUCAGUAUGAACUGCCACGUAAAACUUGAAUUAUUAAUGCUUAUAUCGUUUACAAUAAAACAAUGCCCCGAUUGCUUAUCAGAUAAUAUGAAUAACGUCAUACAUGUCGCUUUAAUAUGUUUUAAAUUUUGGAUUGGAAAAUUGAAACUUUAUAAAUAAUAAUAUAUGUAUGUAUAGUGAAUAUAUUCCACUAAGCAAUUAUUUGGUAUCGGCUCCAAAUUGGCGUAAUAAAACCCGUUGUUAUUUUCAAACUGGAAAAUCAGGGUGGGUCCUGUUAUAUUUGUUGUUGCCAAGCUGGUAAAUCUCUUGAAUAAAUCAUUUGUACGUAUGUUUGAUUUUUCGAAUUCAAAUCUCAUCAGUUUAUCUUAAUUUAAAAAUGUAUUAUUAAAAAAACUCCCAGUAGUAAAUCAUACGACACAUGCACUUGUAUAUAUCUACAUAAAUCACAUUUUGUGUCACGAAGAAUCAGGCCUCCAGUUUCAGCAGUUAUCUAUGAUUUUUUAGGUUGGUUUUUAAGAGAAUGUAUGACUAUAAUAAUGAAAUGUUGUUUCUUAUCUAUAUUAGGUUUUCCGUAUGGUUAUAUACUAUACAAUUUUUAAAGCACAAGGAAGUACAUAUUAUAAAACUCACAAGUAAUAUUAGAUUAAUUUUUAAUCUAACCGAUAUCUCAAAAAAUGCUACUUUAGAAGUCUUACAAUCUAACCUAUAAAUGAUAUAUUUAUUACCAACAAUUCUAAAUGCUGAAACUAAGGCAUUCUCGUUAUUUUUAUAAUUGAUAUUGCAUUUUUUGCCUUCUCAUUUCCUAGACUUGGAGAAUCCCCUUUUAUUUACUAUGCAGCAUAAAUGUGUAUGAUUGUAAGAAGCACAUGUCCAAGUCGACUUAUGCGGUAUUUUAGAUAAGAAUAUAUGGUAUAAUUUUAUAGAAACCAAAUGGAUUGAGUUACUUGUUAUACUAUUUAUUAGGAACCUGUGUGUGACAAAAAAUACAGCUAAAAUGCAUUUUAAACAUUUUGACGAAAAUAUACUAGAUUUGGAUUGUGAAAGCGCAAACUAAACUAAAAUAA